UUACAUCCGUUAUAACUACAAUGCACUAUUUGACUUUAAAAUCUCGAAACAUGAAAGUCCACAGUGUUUGGGUGAUAAAGGUUCUGACUGUCUUAAUCCUUUUAACACUGGACGCUGAUGGAGUAACAAAAGGCCAUGGCAUCAUAGAUGAUAUCGUUAACCAGAUGGAUCCCUAUGUCUGUCCUAUGCUACAGUAUCUCAUCAGCUGUCGCUAUACCACGCCAACGUUACCUGGGAACAUGCGUUUACCGCCUGCCAGGAAAUGUCUUCCUUUUUGGCCAUGCCUGUGACGCGCGAUGAAGUAAAUGCUUGCCAGGAAAUCAUUGGCCCCAGAGAGCACGUCUGGGUAGGAGAGUACGCAUAUCAUACACCAUGGAUGUAUCCAACUGGGUGCUACAGAUCCAAUGGCUCACAGUAUACGAGGAUAAAAAACAAUGACUUGGCAACAUGUAAACGAAUCUGUGGUGAUUCGGAUAUGUUGAUCAGUAAGUACAAGUGUGUUUGUGUGGAGAAGGCUUCGGAUGUUGCUGCUCGGGAAAACCUUAGUGAGUGUGACGUCACGUGCUACGAUAACGGACGUUACAAUUGUGGAGGAAAUGUGUUUUUACAUUACUCAACAUAUACACAAACCAAGCAGGAAUCGUCUGGCAAUAACUGUGGCAUGUAUGAACGGUCAAAUUACGUCGCUGAUUUUCGUAUUCUUGCAAGAAAUUGCGAGGCAAGACAUCCAUCCCUAUGUAUGUCGUAUGAUGACGUAGCAAACAAAACCUGGCUUUAUCCACUCAGAGACUAUAACGGUACAGUUCUUUACCUACGUUAUGACGAGGCUGAAGACUUGUGUAAAAGAAAUGGAAGUCUUUUAGCUGCUCCAACCACAUUACAUGAGCUUAUAAAGAAGGCUGAGGACCCGAUACGAUACUGGAUAGGGGCCAGGAGGAAGACGGCAUAUGUUCAAUCCAUUGAGGGAUUGCCUGCUAGCAUUACCGAUCCGACCUGCCUGUAUAUUAUGAGAUUGUCUUCACGCGUGACGGACUACAGGAGGAAGGAGUGCCAUCAGCCAUCCUCCUAUCUAUGUAGAACGAACGCAUCGACAAUGACUAAUUCGACUGAUGGAGAUUCACACUCGUCGAAAAAAGAAGACCGGGUUGUAACUAUCGCCAUUAUUUCGACCGUGAUUGCUGUGUUGAUCGUUCUGAUCCUAUUUGUCAUUGUCCGUUCAAAGAGGAUAAAACUUGGCCGAAAUUGCUGCUUGGUUACGACAAAUACACACACAGAAAACAUACUUCUACAGUUGACGGAGCAUGCAGAUUAUUACCAUGACAACCUCGAUAAAGGUGCCAACAGGCCAUUCACUGACCUGAAGAAUUAAUCAAGAAAGUUUUGUAAUAAGACCAUCUAUAUUGACCACUACCACCGUGUCCGUUCAGCAGAACAAUCGAUAGUCUUUAUUGAUUCCUUGGAGUCAUGCUUUAUUUAAACGUUGUAGCAGUUCCAGGUACAAAUAUGUUUAAGUUUGUUACGGGUAAAUAACUGAUAUUUGGUGUCAACAUUCAUACUACAGUACACAAAAGCUAGAAACAGAUAAUAUGGAACUCAAAGCUGAUACGCAAGACUUGAGGAAAGGAUGUGUGUGCAUGCAUUAAGUGUUUCCAGUAUCUCUCAUAAAUCAGAUACCCAGUUAUUAAGGACAUUAACACUACUGAUAUACAAUGGUAAAUCAAGAGUACAGCAACUGAAACCAGAAUUUGUAGAACCUUCAGUUGUAAUAGUAAUACGGCCCGGAGCCAGUUAACAGACAUGAGUGACAUCAAUAGAAGGUACAGUGAAGGAGGAUGUUAACGGGAAAGUAUUACCUUGUACAGGUAUCUUAUCGGUAUGGCCGACAGGGUAAGACGGGUGGGGUGCUACGUGGCUCAGUGCCUGUUCGUCGACUUGAAGCGUUUCUGGGGAGUUUCUGGCGACAUGUUUGGCAUGUUUGGCAUGUGCUUCUCGAGGAUAGAAUAAGUAAAGUCGAAGAAGAGAGAGAUAGAAUCAGUGGUAAACUUUAUGAUGUAAAAGAACGCAUACUCCAGAUACAAACUCGAUCAAUCACAGAACAUUUGUUGUUUGGCGGGCUUCCAGACAGUGGGGGUAAUACUAUGGAGGACACUGAGAAGGUGGUAAAGGAUUUUAUCAACAAUGUUCUCGAAAUUUCUGACGAAAUUCCCUUCCAAGUGGUUCAUAGGCCCCGACCAAGAACCGACGGGAGACCUAUGUCCAUUGUGGCCAGGUUUUGUAACAGGAGGGAUCGUGAUCAGGUUCUAAAUCCAGUCCCUGAAAAAUUGGCAGAUAAAAAUUAUUUCUCCGAGUAUGAACAUUUCCCCUCGGAGAUCAACAAACGGAGGAACAUUCUUUAUCCAAUGUUCAAGGAGGCCAAACGGCGAGGACAAUCAGCACGCCUUAAGGAGGACAAAUUAUAUAUAAAUGGUCAGCUUCAGCCACCCCCUCAACUCCCACCCCCAGGAUAUCGACAGCCUCACGAUCCUCACGCGCACCCUCCCCAAGCUCAUCGGGGAUUCCAUCAGCAUUAUAAAAGUGCUCCUCCCAGAGGUAACCCUCCUCCUGCCCACCACGGAUUUCAUUACAAUCAACCACACGAUGAACACUCUACUCCCAAUACUGUUCACCCCUACGCUGACCAUGGCCGCAUCAGCCCGUCUGGCCCAGGCUACGGACAUAACAAUCCAUAGGGAUGCGAAACAAGAGGUUCCACUUAUCGUAAUGAACUUUGUUAUUCUACCCUAAAAGUUACAAUUUUAAAUGUUUGUGGUCUAAAGUCAAAAUUGAUUCUACCAGAAUUUGAGCAAUUUAUUGUUUCAUUUGAUUUACUAGUUUUUCUAGAGAGUAAAACU